AUGAAACAGUAUCCCCUGCCACGCAUUGAUCUGCUUCUGAUCGGAAAAUCUGGGAACGGUAAAAGUGCAACAGGAAACACGAUAUUAAGCGAAUAUAAAUUCGUGUGCAAGUCAAGUACGUCUGCUGUAACUCAGGCCAUUGAAUUCGGGAUCACAGAACACGGCGGUUAUCAGAUCAAAGUCGUAGAUGGUCUGACUGUCUGUGACUCCAGCCUGGACGAUGAACGGUCGGUCGAGCAGCUGAAUGAGGCCGCGAAGUUAGCUCUUGCAGCCAACCCUGAAGGCUAUCAUGCCUUUCUUCUCGUCCUGAAAUAUGGGAACAGGUUCACACGCGAAGAACAGGCGACGGUUCAAAUUCUUAAGAAAGUUUUGGGCGAUGAUUUUGUUAAAAAAUUUUGUAUUUUAAUCAUCACUUGCGGGGAUGCUUUCAAUGCUGAGCAGAUUGCCAAAGGCACCGAAGGUUUAACUUUCCAUGAGUGGUGUAAUCAGCAGGAAGGUCCAUUUAAGGAUUUGUUUCUUGAAUGCAACAGGGCGAUUUUGUUUAACAACAAGUGCACCUCCGACCUAGAAGUUGAUUAUCACGCUGAUGUUUUAUUAGAGAAGUAUCCCCUGCCACGCAUUGAUCUGCUUCUGAUCGGAAAAUCUGGGAAUGGUAAAAGUGCAACAGGAAACACGAUAUUAGGCGAAUAUAAAUUCGUGUGCAAGUCAAGUACGUCUGCUGUAACUCAGGCCAUCGAAUUCGGGAUCACAGAACACGGCGGUUAUCAGAUCAAAGUCGUAGAUGGUCUGACUGUCUGUGACUCCAGACUGGACGAUGAACGGUCGGUCGAGCAGCUGAAUGAGGCCGCGAAGUUAGCUCUUGCAGCCAACCCUGAAGGCUAUCAUGCCUUUCUUCUCGUCCUGAAAUAUGGGAACAGGUUCACACGCGAAGAACAGGCGACGGUUCAAAUUCUUAAGAAAGUUUUGGGCGAUGAUUUUGUUAAAAAUUUUUGCAUUUUAAUCAUCACUUGUGGGGAUGCUUUCAAUGCUGAGCAGAUUGCCAAAGGCAACGAAGGUUUAACUUUCCAUGAGUGGUGUAAUCAGCAGGAAGGUCCAUUUAAGGAUUUGUUUCUUGAAUGCAACAGGGCGAUUUUGUUUGACAACAAGUGCACCUCCGACCUAGAAGUUGAUUAUCACGCUGAUGAUUUAUUAGAGAAGGUUGAAGAGAUUUUAUUCGAUCGACGCCAUAAGCUUUUAGACAGAUUUCAGCCAGUGGCGUAG